CUCAUGCUGGCGUUCAACAAUGGUGACGCGCUGAGAUUCGGAUUAGAGUACUUUAGUCUGUUUUUACUCUAUAAAAUAUUGACUUUAGCCUCAUAAGUAAUUUAAACCGUGUAUCUGAACACACAUAACCGGUGUACACCAAAGUCAUUUAGUGGAGUGAUGCGUAACUAGAUCCACGAGCGUAAGUUGCUGAAUGUUGUGAAUAAAUAAACCACCAUGUUCCACAACAGCUCACAGAAGAAAUUCUGGACUUUUAAAAACGAGGGUGAACUGGAGCAGAUGCGUUACAUGGCCAACGAGAAAUUCCGUAGGAAGGCGCUAGAAAGUGGGAAGCCCGGUGUCGGUGACUUCACGUUCUUGGACCGCCACGAGGAGGACGCGUUGUUUCGACACUACGAGAGGAGACUGCUGGACUUCUGCAACGCUUUUAAACCCGCGAUGCCCAAAGCUGUGGUGGGUACAGCCAUCAUGUACUUCAGGAGAUUCUACCUGAACAACUCGAUCAUGGAGCAUCACCCCAGGAUUAUCAUGCUGACGUGUGCAUACCUGUCCUGUAAGGUGGAUGAGUUCAACGUGUCCAGCACCCAGUUCGUGGGAAACCUUCUGCAGGAGAGUCCGGCGGGACAGGAAAGGGUCGUGGAGCAAAUCCUAGAGUAUGAGCUGCUUCUUAUCCAACAGCUCAAUUUUCACCUGGUGGUCCACAAUCCCUACAGACCUAUGGAGGGUCUGCUCAUUGACCUCAAGACUCGAUACCCGACGCUGGAAAACCCGGAGUCGCUGAGGAAGAGCGCCGAUGAUUUCCUUACCCAAGCAGCCAUGACGGAUGCAGGACUUCUGUUUUCUCCGUCCCAGAUUGCUCUGACAGCUAUUCUGAACAGCGCUUCCAGAGCUGGCCUCAAGAUGGAAAGCUACCUGACUGAAUGCUUGGGCCUUAAAGAGGACAAAGAAACUCUUAUGAAGAUGUAUGACUCCAUGAAACGGAUGAAAACCCUCCUGAAGAAGUAUGAACUUCCCAAACAGGAGGAGGUGAAUGCUUACAAACACAAGCUGGAGAGGAUUCACGCUGAAUUUGCUACUUCAAGCAACAAACGAAAAAGAGGAUAUGAAGAAGAUGGCCAUGUUGCCAAAGAACCUCGUUUGACCGAAGAGGACUGGACUGAUGAAGACCUCCUGUGA